AUGAUCACAAGCAGGACUGCAACUGCGGCUAGAAGGGUUCUUAGACGUCAGUUUGAUGUUAAGAGGGCGGCACAGUGCUUGAAAGGAUCCGAUAGGAUAAGGUAUGCUAGCACUACUCGCGCAAGUGGCGAUCGUUUUGCGAAUCGAGAUAUUCUACUGUCUGGCGAGGAACACUGGAAGAGAUACCAGCUCCAGCUUCAAAACAGGGAUCUCCAAGAUGAGUUGAAACGGCUGGAGAAGAGCUGGCUGGAGAGUAUGAUAAUAUGCGAAGACGAUCCGCUAGCGAAGAAGAAGAAGCAAGAGAAGGAGACUACGGAGAUAGACGACAAGGGCAAGAAGAGGCAAGACGAAGAGGAGGUGGAAAAAUCUGAGCACGGCGGCAGAUCCGUGGAGGAAAAUGGACGCUACUCGGCCGCUGGUGGGUCUGGCUCAUCGGAGGCGCCUCCAUCCGACGGCAACGAUGACGGCGAGGGUGGCUCUGAUGGGAAGAGCAGGAAGCGCAUAUUGCCUGAGAUUUAUCCGCAGAUGCUGGCGCUGCCAAUCUCACGACGUCCGCUGUUCCCUGGCUUUUACAAAGCGGUGGUCAUAUCUGAUGAACGUGUCAUGAAAGCUAUCAGAGAAAUGCUAGACCGCCAGCAGCCUUAUAUCGGCGCGUUCAUGCUGAAAAGCUCCAAAUCGGACUCAGACGUCAUUCAUAACAUUGAUGAAGUUCAUAACGUUGGUGUUUUCGCUCAGAUCACCAGUGCUUUCCCCAGUAAGGACGAGAAGACCGGCACGGAAACAAUGACCGCUCUUCUGUACCCCCAUAGAAGAAUAAAGAUCGAAGAAUUAGUCCCUCCUAGUGGCGGCGAAACGGAAACAAAAUCCGAAGAUAAAAUUGCUGGUGCGGCGGCAGACGGGGAGAGCCAGCUCCCUAAUGAAGAGGUGAGUGACAAAGAGAAUCCGGUCGAGGCAAAUCUUGACGUCUUACAAAAAGAUGAAAGCGCUUUGGAUAGUGUAGAAGAAGAUGAAGGAGAUUUAAACCCAACAGAAUUUUUGAAGCAGUAUGACGUGUCGCUGGUCAACGUUUACAACCUAGAGGAUGAACCUUUCGACAGAAAAUCUCCAGUUAUCAACGCUUUAACGUCAGAAAUCUUGAAAGUGUUCAAGGAUAUUUCACAGUUGAACACAAUGUUCAGAGAACAGAUUGCGACGUUCUCUGCUUCCAUUCAAUCUGCUACCACUAAUAUUUUUGAAGAGCCGGCUAGAUUGGCUGAUUUCGCUGCCGCGGUUUCUGCUGGUGAAGAGGCGGAACUUCAGGAUAUUCUGGAAUCUCUGAACAUCGAACAACGUCUAGAGAAAUCCCUGCUUGUUUUGAAGAAAGAACUGAUGAAUGCUGAGCUGCAGAAUAAGAUCUCUAAAGAUGUAGAAACAAAGAUUCAAAAGAGACAAAGGGAGUAUUACUUGAUGGAGCAGUUGAAAGGCAUUAAGAGAGAGCUGGGUAUCGACGAUGGGCGGGACAAAAUGAUCGAAUCCUUCAGGCAAAGAAUAGAGAAAUUGCAGCUGCCUGAGGGUGUGCAAAGCGUAUUUGACGAGGAGGUCAACAAGCUGGCUACGCUUGAAACUUCCAUGUCUGAGUUUGGUGUGAUCAGGAAUUACUUGGAUUGGAUUACUUCGCUGCCAUGGGGCAUCACCUCCAAGGAGCAGUAUUCUAUUCCCAGAGCUAAGAAGAUUUUAGACGAGGAUCAUUACGGUAUGAAAGAUGUCAAGGAUCGGAUUCUGGAGUUCAUUGCUGUUGGUAAGUUACUCGGUAAGGUGGAUGGUAAAAUCUUGUGCUUUGUUGGUCCCCCAGGUGUUGGCAAGACCUCAAUUGGUAAAUCGAUUGCUCGAUCCCUGAACCGGAAGUUUUUCCGCUUCUCCGUCGGUGGUUUGACAGAUGUUGCUGAAAUUAAAGGCCACAGAAGAACCUACGUCGGCGCACUACCUGGUAGAGUCAUUCAGGCAUUGAAAAAAUGUCAAACUCAAAACCCAUUGAUUCUAAUUGACGAAAUCGAUAAGAUUGGUCAUGCUGGUAUUCAUGGCGAUCCUUCUGCUGCCCUGUUGGAAGUUCUAGACCCCGAACAGAACAAUAACUUCUUGGACAACUAUCUCGACAUCCCUAUCGACCUUUCCAAGGUUCUCUUUGUUUGUACGGCAAACACUCUGGAUACCAUACCUCGUCCGCUACUGGAUCGUAUGGAAGUGAUCGAGCUUACUGGUUACGUUGCUGAAGAGAAGGUGAAAAUAGCAGAGCAAUACUUGGCUCCAAGUGCAAAAGCUACCGCUGGCCUGCAGAACACCAAUGUCGAGCUCACUGAGGACGCUAUCAAAGUGCUUAUGAAAAGAUAUUGCCGGGAAAGUGGUGUUAGAAAUUUGAAGAAGCAUAUUGAGAAGAUUUACCGUAAGGCUGCAUUAAAUGUCGUUAGGCAAUUAAGCAUAGAUGAUACGCCUCGUCCCGAUGAGGUGACCGAAAAAGGAGUCAAGGUGAAAGAGCCUGAGCAGAUCGAUGGGAAGGCAACCAAGAUUCAAGUUGAAAAGACAAAUGACAGUGAGGAGGCAUUGAAGGUUCCUGAUAACGUUAAAGUUGAGAUCACCCCCGCUAACCUUAAGGACUACGUCGGGCCUCCUGUGUACACCACUGACCGGCUCUACGAGACCACUCCUCCAGGUGUAGCCAUGGGAUUGGCAUGGACGAACAUGGGAGGCUGCUCGCUGUACGUAGAGGCCGUUUUAGAGCAACCACUGCAUGACUGCAAGCACCCAUCUUUUGAGCGCACGGGACAACUGGGUGACGUGAUGAAAGAAUCGUCUCGUCUGGCAUAUUCGUUCUCUAAGAUGUACCUAUCCAAAAAGUUCCCUGAAAAUAGGUUUUUCGAGAGGGCUGCUAUCCAUUUACACUGCCCGGAGGGUGCCACGCCGAAGGAUGGCCCUUCCGCAGGUGUCACGAUGGCCACCUCUCUGCUAUCGCUAGCAUUGGACAAAUCAGUGAACCCCUCUGUUGCCAUGACAGGCGAACUGACUCUAACAGGCAAAGUCCUACGUAUUGGUGGUCUAAGGGAAAAAGCAGUCGCCGCAAAAAGAUCAGGUGCCAAGACCAUUAUAUUCCCCAAGGACAAUUUGAGUGACUGGGAAGAAUUGCCAGAUCAUGUCCGAGAAGGCUUAGAUCAUCUGGCUGCUGAUUGGUAUGAAGAAAUUUUCCAGAAACUCUUCUCAGACGUUUCUUCCUCAGAGGGGAACCAAGUCUGGAGAGAGGAGUUCCAAAAGAUCGAUGCCAAAAAGGAGAAGAAUGACUAG